CACUCAGAGCAGACAGAGGGAGAGAGAGAGAGAGGAGGAAGCACACACAGCUCAGGUGUCUCCUCUGUCUGUGUGUGUCUGACUGAAUUCCCGAGGAGAGGGGAUGUAACUUUUACACACCAAAACAGACACUUUAGACACUUGAAGUUUCCUCCUCGUGUUCAUGUGCUGACUUUAUUUUGUUAACUUUCCACGGUGAGAAGAUGGACGGUGACGAGACGUGGACUGUGGAGGACACGGAGGGGAGCAACCAGGCGAACGUGAGUGAGGAAAUAAGCAAACUUUAUCGCUUUUAUGCAAAGUUAACGACUUUAAUGUGUCUGUAACACAACCGUGUCACUACUUGGAGGAUAUAAUCGCACUUUGCAGGUGUUGUGAAAAAACUGAAGCAACAGGAGAGUUUUUUUUUAUAGCCGACUUCGUGAUAAAUUUACGCGGUUUUUAGGACACAUGUUUGGGUUCUCAGUAGGUUAUUGUAUGUCUACGGAGGAGGGCAAGGACCACUCUUGGGUGAAUGCGACAAUCGCGUCUCGGUUGGCUAUUUAGUCUCAGUAUCAAGUUUGAGCAAUAUUUCUGCUAAACAAAGACAGAAAUUCUCAGGAAAACAACGUGAAGGCUCGUAUAAGACAUGAGGUAAAAUAAAUAAACCAGAAACUGAUAGAAAGAUGAAUGAAUGAGGAAGUAAGUGAAUUAAUGAGAGUUGCAAGCAGAAUAAGAAAAUGUUUCAAUGGUAAGAAUAAUUUACAACCAAAAGCUGAUUGUUAUACAGAUUUUUAGUUAAUCCAGUGUUGUUUCAUAUUUUAUUUUCUCAUCCAGGCCAGGAACCAACCUUUAUGGCCAUCCUAAACAAAUGUGACUAAUUUUAUACUUUAACUUUGAUCGCCUGAAACCACUAGAAGAGGUUCAAGAUAUGGAGACCAGACUUUUACACUGCGUUUAAUAAACUCCUGAGAGAUAAGUUUGACUUUAAAAAGAAAGCUGUAAGAGAAAAACACAAUUCAAACGUACAAAUACUGAGUAAAAAGGUAAACGGUAUCUACUCAAACAAGAAGUUUCUCACAGGAGCUUUAACAUUCGUAUAGAAUAAUUAAUUAAUUAACAUUAUGAACAUCACUAAAGCCUUAAUCAUGCCAUCUAUGAGUGAGCACAUAUUUAUUUGGUACAGAUUUACAGUAUAACCUUAUAUUUAAAGCUCCUGUGAGGAGGUUUUUUUCCAUUGUUGCGACUGACAUGAGACAUCAAAGCCUUUUCACGAUGUCUAAAAGCAAACAAGACCAUCAGCAACAAGAUAAACAGUUUGUAUGUUGUUGUUUUUAAUCCCUAAAACUGCUUUGAGUGGGUAGGUGUCAGCCAAACGGACAGUUUUUACUAUUUCCACUUUAAGUAUUUACAGUAAAUGAUAGAUUUCAUUGUUAAAAGUCAGCAGGAUGAGAUUUUUUUAAUCAAACGACACUACUUAGGAAUAUAGUGAUUAGAAGCAAAAACUGCGUUGUCUACAUGGAGCGCAGAAAUUUACAUUAACUGAAAGUUCCUCAAAGGAGCUUUAACUUUCCGUCAUGUAGAACAAGAUGUAACUGAUUUCAAAGUCUUGUUCGCUUUCUUUGUAAUCACAAACUUGGUGAGACGUAUUUUUCAGUAUUACACCACCCAAAAAGCCUUCUUUAUUCAAAAGUAGUAUGUUAAAAUGAAUUAAAUGAAAGACAAUGGAAAAGCUGUAACAUUUACACCUAAAACAGAGCAGAUAAGCUCUCAUUUGAAAUUAAUACAGUGGGUAGUAACGUUACACUCGCUGUCUAAUUCAGUCUAUAGUAUUAACAGCAAAUACGUAAAAUGGUAAAAGGCAUGUUCUAUGGCAAAGGAUGGUACAGACUUGAAAAAUGCUGGUGUUGACUAGAACUAAUAGGAUAUAUAAGUCCUUUGUUAUAAUAGAGAAGUCAACACUUUAAAACCUGAAUCAGAAUUAAGACAGAAAUCAUAGAGGUCUGGAUUUAGCUUUAGAUUUGAGUUUUCCAUUUAUUUCAAAAUUUAUUUCCUCAGGAAAUAAUCACAACCGUAAAAUAUAGACAUAAAAACAUAGUGUUGUAUACUCAGCUAAUGGGACAUAUUUGAAAUAUGACUGUGAUGCGACAUGACAUGAAUGUUUCCAAAUGACGGCGCACUUGCUUUAAAUCUAAAAGCAUACCCACCUGCGUGUCUCUGUUGGCCAAUCAAACCUCAAUGUUACAUUGAACUCGACACAUGUAAUUACAUAUAUAUCAAAACACACGCUUGCAUGUGUUUGAGUUUAGGUACUAACUGAAAUAUGUGAGGCUAAUUUCAUGAUGAUGAGGGCAAAGCGCCAAUGUUACCUCGUCUAAGCCUGAUUGAAGCCUUGAGCGUCAGUGUGUCAGGCUGAUGGUAUGAAAUGUAGGGCAAACUGGGACAUCAUUUAGUUGCAGUGUAAAACUCAAAAAAGACAGUGAUUUAAAGGAGAAACUGAAUCAUUUUAAACACCAUAAAGAAGAAUUUAUAAUGUACUUUUUGAUGGAAUAGAAACAUAGAAGUGAAGUGGCAGGUGUGACCGUUAAAUAACAUGUCCUCAUGUUGCAUAAGUUGCUGUAUCAUUAACUUUUUUCCAAACAUGUGUCACUGUGUACACAACACUUUCACUGGCACUGGAACCUGAUUGGGGAGGGAGUUUGUGUGGCGCUCACAGUACAGCAUGUUCCAUGUGUUCACACAGGAUGAAAUGAAUCCUUCUUGACAGCAAAUCUUGACUUGUUAAAAAAAUAAUACACUGAUGGGCCGGAACAAGUGGAGUCCUGAUGCUGCACUUCAAAGACUAUUAGAAGUUAAUUCAAUCACAUGUACCCUCCAGCCAUGUUUGGACCAUUUUAGAAUAAUUGUGAUAUCCAGUCUCAUACCAGUACUUCUCUGAGUUCAUCUUAAGGGGAGGAAACAAUAGACCCGUUUACGGUUUUCAAACUAUGAUGGGUGAGUUUUGCUAAAUCAUAAACAUUUUGCUUAAACAAAGUGACAGUGACCCCCACACUGUGAUGUUAGUGAGAGGAUAGAACUCAAUUAAAAGUGCAGAAAAGUGUUUUGAAUCUACAAGUUUUUUGAGUUUUUUUUUUUUUUUUUUAGUUUUGCGUCUUUGAAUAAAAACUCCUCUACAGUCAUAUUGAAGUACACAGAAUUAGUAUUUACAAAACCAGGGCCCUCAGAGUGAGCUGCACCUGCAUGUCAAGUUAGUCACCUUUUUGUCUGCGAACAUAAAUCUAUAUCCAACCUUGAAUUAUUACCUCCCCAUAUGAAGUCCCAUUACCAAGACGGUAACUACUUUUUCAUUAAGUGCACACCGUGGUGUUUGGGUUCAGAAUUGCUGCAACUGAUACUUUUUAUUCACAAUCUAAAUUUCUACUCAUGAGUGUCAGCUGAAUGCGUUUAGUUUAUCAUCACAGACAAAUUUAAUGAGUAUAUUUUGACAUAAUUUAGUCAUGAAAACUAAAGUAAGUUGCACUUGGAAUUACUUAAUUCAUGUUUUAACUGUUGUUGUAAGCAUGACCAUGGACACGCAAAGACUAGUAGUUGCUAGUUGAUAAGGAAACUCUUGAAACCAUAGACUGUAUAUACUAUGGACAACUUGGUUCUGCCUUCCGCCAGUAUACGGAUUUGAAGUAGAAAAGUUCUCGGUAUUCCGUGUUUUUCUCCAUUUCCUAAACCAACAUUGCACAGCAGCGUUGUGUGCAUUCGGCGGGAGAGUCGCUGUGAUGACGCUCGGCUCAAACAGCGUAUCUCCCCGGGUGACCUAUGCAAUCUUCGUACGCCCAUAGGCUGUAUCAGGUGUCAAUCAUAGAAAACAUGAACCCCCUAAUAACUUUUAAAACUGGAGCUUCACAGAAAAAAGAGGACUUAAGCAAUAACCAGUCUUACAGUAACUACAUGUCAAUAGUGCAAGCGGGGGUGGGGGGGAAAUUGCGUUGUGUGUAAUAAAUUUCUAAAGUUUGUCCACAGCCCCAUAAGUUUUGCUGGUGGAGGCGGGAUUUAUGACCUAUACUGCAGCCCGUCACCAGAGGGUGCUGUUCUCACGAUGGUUUCACCCCGCAGACGUUGUCCAUUCUACCGUAUUUUUUGCACUAUAAGGCGUCAGAUAAGUCAAACUUUAUUUAACUCAUUCAAUAACUCCGCGAGGCGACGGUAGCUGCAGUGCUCUGACAAGCCAAAAGAAUUUUAAGUGCGCCUUAUAGUGCGAAAAAUACUGUACAUACAGUCUAUGCUUGAAACUGACACCAGUUUAUCAAACUCUGUAACAUGUGACCCACUUGUCUGUUUUAUUGACGUCAUCACAAACUCUUCACAUAAAGAAGACUCACUUUGGUAAAUGAAAGGUCAAAUAUUAUAUAACUCUGGUCAGGGGAAGUAAUUGACUCUAAACCCAUGAUAAAACAAGUGUCCUAUCCUGACAGUCCAUGUGAGUCACUGAGCUGGCAUGAAGGAACAGAUCAUCUGAUAUCUGGCAGGAAGUGGGGAAAUAAAAUCAUGCCUCGACCUAAACAGGCUGCAAAUGAGUUCUUGGCAGCUGUGAUCAGCUCAAAUUAUGAAAAGAGAAAGAUGAUCGGAGAGGUUGUGUCAGGACUUUACCUGGCUGUAGGUCAUACUUUGAUCCCCGCCUUAGCUAUAGGUUGACGUUCACACGGAUUUGGUGUAUACAAUGAAUUCACUGGUUCUUUGUUUUGACUGGAUGCUCUUGAAACUUGCUGGCUCUUCACUUUUAUUCUCCUGUAAUCCUGUGAGCUCACUGCAAAGAUGAGGUUUUCGCCUCUUUUGUAUCCUGUUGUGAAAGCGACUUUCUCCUCCUUGAGCACAUCCACAGCAGUUAAAUUGUUUUUGGCUGAUCUUGACAGAUGAUCGACACAUGUAGGCCGAUGUGUACUCAUAGUGCAGUGUGGGAACCAGAAGAGCAAAGGCACAAGUUGUCAAGACAAGUAUAUAAUUAAGAUAGCUUAGCUGGAUUAUUACGGCUCUUUGGCAGAUCUACAGUGUACUUAUAUAGUCAAAAAGAGAGAUCUAUUUAAUUUGUGCGUCAAAUGGCGUGUUUGAACUGCUCACAUGUCAACAUAAAGGUGUGUUUCUAUAGAUACUAUGGAGUUGCUCACAAAAAAAGGAACGUGUUUUUGACCGUAUCCACCACAAGCAAACGCUUGACAACAUUUAGCAAAGAAAACGUCUCGCAGGCAGAACUAAAGUGAAGUUGAAUAUGGGCCAACAGAGUGAGAUAGGACAAGAGAGGGGAACAUACAACAACAACAACAACACAGCAACCCUAUUCUUUUUGGGUCAAGGAUCCUAGACAAAAUGACUGGAGGCAAGUGGAAAUUCCAGCAUUUUUGGCAGUUAAAUAGCUGAAAAUAAGAAAAUAAUUCUUCUUAAGGAGGAAUUUAAUGUUCAGUUACGCCAAAAUGUGGAUUAAUAUUUUUCUGAUUAGCAACACAUUUAAAAAAAUCAAAGCGAAAGGCUUCACCAAAGUUUCUUUUCAGUCUGCCUCCUUUAAAGUGAAAAAGUGACCCCAUACCAGGGGUGUCAUUAACUCACAUCACAUCUAUUUUAUGUGUUUCCUGAGUUGGGUGAUCACUUUGACUGACUUUGUGUGGACAUACACAUUUAUCCUCUCCGCUUUUAGCACAAAUCCUUACCAUACUCUGUCUUUUUGGGAAGGGUAUAGUGUUUUACAUUUUGUAUUUCAGUCACAGCAUUGUUGAGUUAUGGUGCUUAUCGUGUUUUUCUUGUAUUUCACCAGUACUUUUGCAAGUGAAAUGAGAUGAUUGACUGCUCUCAACCACUCAGACUUAUGGCUCCAGCUCCAGAAAUAAGGACAAAAAUAUGUGUGAUAUUAGAAAGAGCAGUAUAGCCGUGUUAAAAGACAUACAAGACGAUGAAAUCUACUUCUUAAUUACCAAUUAGAGUAACCAAAAUGCAGGACAGUAUUAAUAUACCAGAAUUAUAGCUGGAAAAUAAUGUAUGCUACAAAUGUCUUAUUUUGUCAUUGGAAUAGUUAUUGCAGAGUUCCUACGCAAGCAUGUGGAAAGUAUGGAAAAGUAUGGAAGUAAUUUGAUCAAUUUCCAGGUCUUAAAAAGUAUGGUGAAUGAAAAAUAAAGUAUGGAAAAUAUUUAUGUUAACAGACUGUAUUACCAUAGUUAUAAAAUACUGUUUUCUAAAAUAGAACAGUAGGUAUUUCUGAAAAAUAAUUCUAAAAAGUAUGGAAAUUCUGACCGUGUAGAACCCUGUUAUUGUACAUAGAUAUGCCUGAUGUUAGUGCAGUGCAGCUUGAGCUCUGCAGGUUAAUUGCAGGUCCCUCCAUGUACAGAGGUUGUAGUCUUUGAACCAGGUUGCUCAAGCUUAAUUCUGACCCUCAACCCUUUAGCCACUGUCCUACUGCUUAAUGGUUUUCUGUCCUCUCUUGUUAUAGCUCCACAUAAAAAUAUUAAUCAGAUAAAAAAAUCACAGUCUCAGUCAUGAUGAUAAUCCCUACUACAGUCUUUAAAGACACUUGUAGCAACAGUGAAAAUCAUACUGAGUGAUUCCCUUUUAGUGCCGCUAUCAUCAGCGACAGAGUCCAUAAAGUCUCAGAUUGUCAGGGACUCGCUGCCAAACACUAACAUGAUCAUAUUUGGAGUGUGCCGUUUGACUUGUGUUUGCACAGUUUUGUUUGCACUGUACACACUCGCGCGCCAGAGACUGUUAUAUAAAGACGCUCCAUUAAUCUUGGUUAUAUAACUCACGCCACACAUUCCUCAGGGUGCUGCUAACUACUACUGUCACCAAAUGCCUGAUAGAAGCAGCCAUCUUCAUUCCACUGUUUAAUCUCCAGGUCACUUAUUGUCCAGAGUUGGUGUGCACAGCUGUAUGUUUGCAUACAUUGAGGGUACACAUUACCAGUAAGUUUAACCAAGUCACUCAUUAACUAUGAGUCAUGGUCCGUAUUUUCAUGCUCAUGUGUCAGCAGUUUGAGCAAGAAAGAGGAAAAAGUUAGUAUGCAAUCAUCAAGAUUUCUUGCAGGACGGUGUAUGACAUAACCAGAGAAAUGUCUCCUGCAGUUUUUUCCGUCAUGUACUUGGCGUUGCAGUCCUGCAGGGGAGGCUAACAGCUAUGGGCCUCCUCAGACUGGCACCGCAGCUCUGUGACUGGAGGAGAAAAGGGUUGGGCAGCCCGUGGGGCCUCACCCAGCCAUGUAAGGCAAGACAGCCGAGGCUUCCCACGCACUUAGUCACACGCACAGAGUCAGUCUGGAUCACAGCUGCAUGAACAUCACCGGGGAGAGACCCUCACAGCCUCAACUGCCCAGGUAGAUAUCACCCGGAUCCUUAAAAGAGACAGAUAAGGGUUUAAAUGCGGGUAUAAGUGGAUGAUGCUACUUGUGGUUUUAGAGUUUUGACUGACUUGUUAGUUUUGGGUGUUGUGAUUCAUUUGGGCAUGUCCCUUAGUGAACUUGUCAUACUUGAAACAGAAGGAUAAAAUCUUACAUAAAGUUCAGAAUGACUAAAAAGAUAACUCUUCUGGGUAUUUUAGAUACAAUACAGAUGUUUAUCUGCAAUAAUUUAAAGAUAAAAAAGUGGAAGGUUUAGUGGAAAAGACACUUGACAUUGUGUAGUUUAAUUUGAGUUUUGUGCCAGUCAGUUUUUGUCUAUUUCUUGUUUGGCAAAGACGACUUAAGUACGCACUACCACCAAGUUUACCUGAGAAAACUGACUUUGAAACAUCGUGGAGUAACAUUCGAGUACUCUUCAAACUGUGAGAAUUGCCUCUGUCUGUGUUGUUUUGGUCACACAUAGUAUCGGCACUAGUCAGAAAAGAAGAGGACACACUCACCUGGUGUGAUGUGUUGUGGUUUGUGAUGUCGGCCGCGCUGAUAUCAGAACGGUUCAAGUGUUUUAUGACGUUUCUUAUCCCUCGUAGCGUGUGUAGUCGCGUCGCUCGGUAAUAAAUCUACUUUGUUUUGGCUGCACUUAGCGGGUGAUGGAUGGAUAUCACACUUGGCUGUGAUCCCUGUCAGGUAUUUGGAUUCUGGAGUGGGUGCAAAAGGUGAUGUACGAUCUCUGACUGUACACUAAUUUCAUUCUCAGCCGUUUGGGGAAUGUAGCAGGUGGUCUUGAUUCACGAUUUUUCAUCCGUCUCAGACAGUCAGUGCAGCCAUGAUGUCAUCUACAAGUCACCAAACGGCAGUCAUAGAGAGAGGUGUAACAAAAUACUGAUAUAGCAGCGUUCUGUCAGCCUGAUUUGUGUGAUGUAAUGAUUUUAUAAAUGGCACAAAUAUUGAAAAUUGAUUUUUACCUGAUAGUUUGACUCGCAACAUCAAUCCUGUUCCUAUUGUACCCAUCUAACAGUUAAACUGAUAUUGUUUUGCGUUAUUUUAAUCAUCUCAUUGCUGUGUCAAAAAGUUAUUGUGGGAAAUGCCUUGGGUAUCAGGAAUUAGAGCUGCACUGAUCCAUUUUUUUUCCGAUCCAAUCUGAUACCAAUAUCUGGGCUGACCGUAUCGGCUGAUAUCCGACCCCGAUCCAAGACUACUGUUGAAUAAAUGAACUGUAUACCCUGCCCUGUGAGUGAAGGCAUCAGGCUUAACAUUAGCCUUGUUGAAACAGAAAAAGUAACAAAUUAACACAGAAAUAAAUUUACUUUAUGUUAUUUAUUAACAAAUAACAAAUUGCACAUUAGCACACAGCAAAAAAAGUAAGACUUCCAUGUAAACAAUUAGUGCAAAAUAGAGUGGACAGAAUCGCUGUGUUGCUGUGUUUGAUAUUAAUUAAAAGAAAAACAGACUGGAUCGGCGUCAUUCAUCAGAUAACUGCUCCAGUUAAUUUGUCAAUAUCUGAGCCAAUAUCUGAUCCAAACAUCAGAUCGGUGCAUCUCUAUCAGGAAUUGUAUUUGUAUCACUCCAUACUAAAUCAAAUCAUUUCAUUUUAACGGAUGUCUGAAAUUAUUUGCAUACUUGCUGUGUCAGCAGCUAUGACAUUUUUUUACUGAUGUGGGGCUGAUAAGGUGACACUUGAAUUAUGCACCUGCUCACAUGCACUUACAGCGAGCUCCAACAUGUCGGCUGCAGUGUGAGAAACUUGGAAAAAGAAUAUUUGUAUAACUCACAAUAGAAACAUAAGUUGUUUAUAAUGUUUGAUGACUGUCUCUAAAACAAAAUAGCACACUGGAUGUCAUAAAAAAUCCCAAAUCCUGCAUCCCUAAUCGAAAUGUAUGAGACUGACAUUCUUGAUGACAGAGGUGAAGAGGUGGUGUCUUCUCUAAAGCUGUAAACAUGAGACACUCUGGGCGGUUAUGUAUCUUCCUGCCAGUAAACAUGAUCCAUCAUGCAGCGUUGUUGCUUUCUGCGUCUGGACGCCAAAGAUAAUUAGAUAAUAUGCCCUCUAAUUCACAGUCCUCACAUCUAUUACAUCAUUCAGGUCUCCUGCUCUGUUUUCCUUUGAACUUGGUCAUUUUUGCCGUCAUGCAUUGAGCCACCUCUGUCUGUCUUCAGCUCUUUAUACAGUGACAAAACACAGCAGCGACGCUCUGCCACCCGCCUUUGUUAUUAUCACCAACUGGAGGAUCAACGGUGGAAAGAAUUUGCCCCAUAAUAAUCAUGCCUCCAUGACAUUUAAACCGGCGGUAAUUAGUCACGACAUAACAGUGAUGUAACAGCGCGGCCUCGAACAAUCAACGUUAAAUGGCUGUUGACAAAAUGUACUCAACCCAACUGUAAAUCCCUACAGGAAAAUAUUCAAUCGAAGGUGAUUUAGAAACUAGACACAAUCAUUGAGGGCUUUUUUACACAGUGUUAAAUAUGAUCAGUUUCUAACCUGUAACAAAACCUAUGACAAAAGCCAAUCACCAGACAUCGGUAACAGACUCUUCUUUCAGGAUUUGCAGAUGCUGCUGAAGAGCUGACCUGCUCUUUGACUGAGUAGGCAGCUUAGCAUCAUUGUGCUCAGUGUUUCCUGAGAAAUUUGUGUAUUUAGCUUUUAAUUUCAUUUUGAUUUUAUCAAGUUCAGAUGAAUUUGAUUUAUGUAGACUCAUUCCUCAGAGGGAUGGUCAGUUAUGUCAUGGGCUAACAGCUGAGCACUGCUGUUGAUAUGAUCUCUAAAGAGACCCCAGAGAGAUCAGCUGCAUUGUUGAAUCUCUUUACAAAAGAAAAACACCUACAGGGAAGAUAGAGCUAACCUCUCCACCUUGAGGCCUUUUUUCUACCUUUUUUUUCUCUAAAAUUUGAGGUAGCUCCUAGAAAUGACAGAGAAAUGGAUAUUAGCGUUCCCGGAGCUGCACAGACAAGCCUGGUGAAGCGGCACUUAGAAGUUUUUUUGCCUCAACACUGGAGGCAGAUAGUUCCUGCACUGUAAAUGCACCGAGCAGAUAAAAGGGCUAAUCACAUUAUGUAUGUCGGUAUUUCCAGUCUGCACUUGCUUGUGCAGCAGAAAGAAAUGUUUAUCAGAAUAAAGCAGUGAAAGUGUAAAGUGGAGACAGCGUUUUAGUUUAAUUACAGAGAAAAACACCCUCGUUUUCAUAAUUGUACACAUGUUCUGGCCCAGAUCUGUGGUUUGCCUUUAGCCAGUACAUGAAUUUUUGUGUUAACGGUUGGAGUUUUCAGUUUGGACAGGCCAGCACAGCAGAAGUAUGCAGUGUUUUAAUGUUUAAUGCACCCUGGAAGAAGAUCAAAUGCCUGGACCAUUUGGCCCGUAAUAACACCUAAUGAACACCUUGUGCAGGAGUGGUUCAUAAUCCACCUCUUUUAUUUGUUAUCACGUUUUGAAGCCGUUUCCAAGAGCUCAGCAAAAUAUUGAACGCUCAUUAACCCCUCAGAUUUUUGGACACAUUUGGUGUUGAAAUGAGCCUGCAGUGUGUUAAAUAGGUAGUGUUUGAAGCUGUGUCCCACCUCAGUAUGAUCUCGCACGCCACACUGUUUGCUUUUUUUGUUUGUCCCACACUCUGUUUCUGUGUUUUCGGGUCAUGAGCUCAGCCCCAGGGAAGAGGGAUCCUUGUCAGGGGGCUUUUAGUACAACACAUGAGGAGCCUGCACGUGGCACAAGUUUGGCCACUGUUGAGAAUUAAUUUGCAGAAACUGAGAACAAAUCUUAGAAGCAUUUACUCUGAAGCAGAUUAAAAUCUGGGACCUGCACUGCAGCUUUAGUUGUUUUUAAAGCUUAAAUUGUAAACGUGUCUAAGGACACCUCCACUGAAUAGCGUGUGGUGAGCUGGGGAACAUUAUGUUACUAUGUACAGUCAACACCUCCCAGGGUGUGUCCGUCCCACAGUCCUCUUCUGGAGAGGAGAAGCCCUUGAGCUGUUUCUCCCUCAGAUCACAGAGGGAGAUGUUGGCGUGCCUGUCACUGCCGCUCAUUUGAUGGUUUUCAGACACAGCAAUUACAGACAAAGAGCUGCCACUCUGGCUAAACCAUUGAGUCUGUGUUUGACUUGCAAAGCGAGCACAGAACUGGUUGCUUACGUAAGUAAGUAACCAAAUGUUUUUUCCACAUGUAACCUGCUGGGCUGCCCUCGCCUCUGUGUUUCUAAGCCAUACAUUAUUAUGCUGAGUGUGUGUGGACAUGAUUCACUGCAGGCAAGUUCGCACACACUCCAAAGCUGUAAACUGUUUCCACCCAUUCACACGCAGGUCUGUUCUGUGUGUCACAAACACACACUCAAACAGAGGUGACUGUAACGUAACUGUGGCUUAUAAUUAUUACAGUAAGAUUCCUGAGAUCUGAGAGGAAUCAAGGACAUGAUGCAGAGUUCAACAUCACGUCUGAAUGCUUUGGAAAAACAAAAAACACAUGUAGAUAAAUACAAUCAAUGUAUAAUGAUUUGGUAAUAAUGUCAAGACUUUGGCUUAUAGCCUGGUUAAUAUUGUGAGCCCCACUUUCAUCUUGCUCUCUCUUUCCCUCUGCUCCACUAACACACACCUGCCCUCCUCUUUCCAUCUGUGGCUGCAUUAUCUGCCGUAACACAACAUAAUGAUACAGCAGUCCACACCUCGCAGGUGUAAAUUCUGCAUUUAAAGGGAUAUUCUGGCGUAAAAUUAAUUUAGGGUCAAACACACUGUAACACCAAGUUAGACAGCCCCUCGAGAGAUGAAUGUUGCCGACCGCUUGCUUCUCUUGUUACACCAACUUUAGUUUCGACCGCACGAUAGCAAUACACAAUGGUCUGAGGAGCCAUAAACAAACCUCAAUCAAGACGCCACUCUAUAGCCACAAAUAAUGCUCAGAACAGCACCUAACUUCAUCAACAGGACAUAUAGGGUCCCAGCCAUAGCACUAGCCACUAAACAUCUUUUAGCUUUGCCUGAUUUCUUUAGCAAAGAGACUAAACACAACUCACCUACUCUCUUCCAGCAGCCGCUUGUUUGUAGCGAGACUUCAGGCCAGUCCAUUACGGACUACAGUGGGGUGACGCAGCUCAAGGAAGAACAUUUAUGAUCAUUUCUUCAUGAAAAUGCAAUCAGAUCGAGAUGCUAAGGCAGACGAACUACCCUGUCUGCAGUGCAAAAUGAUUGAUAUAAGGAUUAUUACUUCAAGGAAAUAAUAAAGAAAUAAUUAAUUUUUUUAAUUAAUUUAAAUUGAUGUGGUGCCACGGUCUUACUCAGAAGUUGGAGGGCCGCUCCUUGGAAAAGAGGACGGGUUGAAUAAUAAAGGUGUGUGUUUUUACAUCGAAUUGAAGCGUGAAAAAGGGCGAAAUAUUUCACUCCUUUCUGAGGAAUUAACAACAGCUGCGUAAUAAUACGUUGUGCCAGUAGUUCAUGUUUAUACUGUUGCUACAGUCGUUAUUCCCACAUUGUCGUCAUACUUAAAGUGAAAAACACUCUGUGGUAUUCAGUGGAACUGUCAGUGCCUCUUUAUCAUUCCUACCCUGUAACCGCAGGUGUCAUUCUCACAGGGAGCUAUUAAAGGCGUGUAAAGAAGUGGCUUCAUUACCUGUACAGUUCAAACCUUAUUGUGCUGUAUGAGAAAAAUCUUUCAUCGCUUUACUGAGUGACAGCCAGUGACAGAAGUGACACUGAAAUAUUCAGUGUACCCAAAGGGUGUGAGUGUGAAAUAUGCAAAGCAAAUAAUGAGACACACACAAAAAUUUUUUUUUGUUUUUAGUUUCAUUUCUCGAACAAAACAUAGUCCAACAGUUUUCAUGUUGGAACCAAAAGACACAGGAGCAACACCUGUAUCUUGUCUUUUCUGCUCAAGUUUCUCAUACCUGUAAAUCUUGUAAAAAUUCCUGUUUUAUGAUCUAAGGUUUAGCUGCUGCCUUGAGUAAAAGAUUUAAGUUAUAGUUGGUAUUUAUUUGGUUGUUUGCCUCUCCUUAUUAACUUAGAGCUAAGAUGCCUCAGAAAGGAUCAUUUUAUUCACUUUUAUAAACAAAUACAAAAAAAUAACAACAAAGAAAAUCAUCAAAAAUGGAGUACAAGCAUUUACACCACACUUGGAUUAUGUCACUAUUUUCAUUGGAUAUCAAACUGUCAAUAUUGUUGUUAUGUAUCCACUUGGCUUUUGACCAGAUGUCGUAUAAUUAAACCGUAAUUGACGCCCACAUUGUUUCAAUAAGCCAGCUAAUGAUGGCAUCCAAAGCAGCUCUGCCAUUUAAAAGUAUAGGUUCGUGGUGUCCGCCCUACAUAAUGACUGAUGUACCAAUUGAGUUUAACCUCGUUUUCUUCAGGGUGGAGACUGUACACGCAUCAGAUGUUACGCAUACACAUACAUAGAUGUAGAAGGAAUGCGUACGCACACAUAACUCAGCAAAGUCCAGGAUUAACCUUAAUGGAAGUUGGUGAUAAGAUAAGAACCACUGUGUUACAUAACCCACCUGCACCUGGACUUUUUACCUGAACCUGAAAUAGAUCUCUCUGUCAACCUGCGCAAUGGUUUGUUGUUUUUAGCUCAUUCAGAGACAAAGGAAAAUGAUUUCUGUGGAACUCUUACCUCAGCACACUUAACAUGGGUGUUGCCAAGGAGGAUUAUGUGCUGUGUCAACUCAAGUAUGUGUUUGCUGUUGGGACAGGUUUUGCCUUCAUUUUGUGGUCAAAAGGUCAGCAGACGGUUUUAACCUUCCCGUCCUGUUAUCUCACUUUCGAAAAUCUACGAAACAAUCAGUUUGAUUCUGAUCACUGCAUUGUUUAGUCUCGUAGGUUUCAGGACAGCUCCCCACAACCAUUUUCAGUAGAUGUUUUUACAAGCUGAAGCUCUACACCAUGAACCAAAUAAGAUCUGUUGCAUUAUGAUGUGAAUGCGCUUCCAGAGAUGUCUGCCGUCAGCAUCAGGACUACUUUCGUGUUAUCAGGAAAUCCCAAAGUGUCUGUAAUUGAGCAAUAAAAGCUUCAGCGGAAGUUGGCAGCCCAUCAAACACGGCUCAUGAUAAAAAAACAGAUGAGAGAUAAAGAACUUAACGAAAAGAAAGCAUGAAAUAGUCCGAGGAAUGUUAGAGAAGAUAAUGAACUUACCUACAAAGAGAAUCAAACACAGAAUCCCACACACAAAAAAAUCAAAUCAAAGAUCCUGUGAGGAGUGAUAUGCUGGUUAUGAAACAGUCUGACAUUAAUACUCAUGCUUCUUAAUGGGUCACAUAAGUAAAAAAAAAAUGAGGCCACCAGUAACAGGCUUCAAUAUGUCGUUAUUUAUAAAUGCCUGAAAUCAGUGGCACAAGGUAGAUGCACUUUGCAGAAACAGCUUUUAAACACUUGAUGAGGGACAUACUUGGCUUUCUAAAAGAAAAGACUUAUUACAAACGUGUCAAUGACACUAUCGGCAAGGAGAUAAGCUGGAUUGGAUUGGAUCUUGUCCAGUACAAUAUGAUACAUUUACAAACAGUAGUAACAGAAGUGAGUGAAAAGCGAGUUGGUGGGUCUUGAUUUUUACUUUUUCCCAUUUCUCCCGUCCCACAACCCUCUUGGGUAUUUAAACCCCUGCUGUAUAAAACACUUGUCUCAAAUUAGGAAACAUAAGAAACGUAAUAGAAUAGAACAAUAGACACAAAUAGAAUAGCUGACUACUACACACAACUUUUGGAUAGAAUAGAAAAGGAUAUAAUAGUAGACUACUACACACAAGGCUAUAGAAUAGAAUAGACUAGAAGACACUAUUACAAUAGCUGUAGAAUAGAAUAGUAGACACUACUACACACAGCUAUUGAAUAGAAUAGAACAGUAAACACUACUACACAUAGCUAUAGAAUAGAUUAGAAUAGUAGACUACAACUACACACAGCUAUAGAUUUGAAUAGAAUAGAUGCAGACUACCACACUCAGCUCUAGAUUUGAAUAGAUCUACAAAACACUUCUCUUUUGACUGAAGUAUAACAGGAUGUAAGUCAUCAGAUACUGUCUGUAUUUUUACUCUGUGUCCUGUCCAUCUGAAUGUUACAUCAACUGAACUGUUGCCUGUAAAUACUUAAGGGUUUUUUAUUCUUUUGAUCUUUUGAUUUUUUUCAUCGGGGUUGUCAAAGCAAACAUGACAAAUUCAAAACCACGUCUUUGUUUCUGUUGCUAAGGCGACAUAGAUGGCAUGAGAGUGACUCAUCACUCACUGAUGUGUUCAGUGUUUGCAUUUUUGUCCCUUACUGGACUGAGCUCGUUUCAUUUUCUCCUCUGAGUGUAGUGUAGUGGACUGUUUGAUCAUGAUCACCAGACCAUACCCCGAGGAUUCAGUGGAAAUGUCUCCUCAGUGGUGGUUGCUAAGCACUGUCAUCUAACAGUGUGGCAUCCACUGAGGAACUUCAGUUUGGGGAAGUUUUACGGCUAAAAGUACCCGCUCCCUCUCUAGCCCCGCCUUCUUUCUCUUUCAUAUCGAGCCUCUCUCCUUUUUCUUCAUUGGCUGUUUUUCUCACAAUCCCCACCACUCCAUUUACUCACCCAGUUCUUCUUAUCCUCUCAUCUUUCACUCCAGGACCGAUGCAGGCGGCUUAGGCUCACUCUGCAAGAUCAGAACCAGUCAGGCUGCACCUCAGAGCAGACCAGCAGCAAGGUCAGAAAUAACAGAGAGGAAAAGUUUUGCUUUGGAGCUAACUGGACCAACAUUUACUCAACUUAUUUUUCUCCUCUGGAUGCAGGAGAGUAGCAUCGCUGUAGUGCUGCCACACCAACAAGAGAAGGAGGAAGAAACACCUGAACUCAUCACUCCUACAGCAGAAAAAGUUGAAGUCAUAAAGGUAAGCUAGUUUCAUUUUCUUUUUUUGUCGUCGAUUCAAAGAGCCAGUUCCCGUUUUGAUGCUUGUCAAAAACAUCUUCCUGCUCUUGUAUUAUCUAACACACUCAUGAAGCUGCUGUGUCAUCCAGGUUUACCUUGAAGCUCGUCCAGAGACAGCAGAGAGUGUCAAGAUGCUGACGGACGAGGUGUCCCAGAUUCAGGAGGUCAGUGUGUGACAAACAGAGCUGACAUUUAGACAAUGACUCAACGCUUGACUGCUAAAUGGAGAGUAUCAGGGAUGAGUGUUUGUUAUAGGAAACUGAAAUGCAUGGGUUAAAUAAGGUGAAGGGCUUACCAGUGUUUCUACUUAACACGCUCACUGUUUAAUAUAUGAUGUGCUUUUGUUCUCAGGUGAGGUACUGUCUGAAGACUCUCAGGGAGCAGAUGGCAGCAAGGCAGAACAGCAACAACAACAAGGUACACACCCAGGAAAAAGACUAUUUUUUCUGAUUUUAGCGCUGAAAUAUUCCGACACUGUGUUUUUCAUGUUAUUAAAGAUACUGUGAGGAGUUUUUAGCUGGCUGUGAAAUAGACUGAUUUCUCUUUGUGACCUUAAAAAGCAAACAAGAUCAUUAACAAGAUGAGACACCCAGGAAAAAGACUGUUUGUCCCGAUUUUAGUGCUAAAAUACUUUGGGGUAUUUCUUGCCUCAUCUUUGCUUGUAUUGGUGCUGUGAGCAAAUUUAGGUUUGUGUCAGUUUUGGCGCCCCCUGUGGACAAGGAGAGACCUCUAAUCUUUUGUCCUGUACAUGUAAAAGAAGUUUUUCCAAAGUGAAAUAUCUCACUCACUGUUAGUAUUUUCCAUUUCGUACAAUUGUGAUCGGUCGUCUAGUUUGACACCUAAAUUCACGACUUAGAAAUUUUCUGCUUUGGUUCUCCGAAAAGAGGCAUCAGUAUCAGUUUUAGGCUAUCUCUCCAACUGCUAAAAACGCAUCACAGUGUCUUUAAAAAGUGAUGCCCUUUUACUAACUGGCCUUCUUUCUAUAGUAUCCUGCCAAUGGCUACAGAGUCAACGUGCCCAGAAACCAACCAGUCAUCACCAACGGCUACAAUAUCCUCAUUGAGUCAGACACUCAGGUGAGUUAAUCAGCUGUCUGUAAUGUCUCCAGAAGUGUGUCGGCUGUUAGACUAGAAAGAACCGCGCCAAGUGGGAGAAAUUUAUUUCAGAUUUGACUAAUCCGAUUGUGCUCAAAUUUUAAAUGGCGUCUAAAAUGCAGAAAAGCUCUUGGCUCUCCUUCUGUUUGCCUGCUGCUCAGAGGAAAACAGUGCCGGGCUCACUGAAUCUCAUGACUAAGCUUAGCACACACACACACACACACACACACACAGCAGAGGGUCUCGCUUACAUUCUGACUAAUGGUGCACACACAACAAUAUCGUAUUUCCCAUGCAUUAUGCGAGACUCAGCACAACAGCACAUCCCCUGUAAUAAAACACCCAUGAAAGUCAUGUGAGAGUGAAGAGGGACUGUGUGUUUUUUGGCUCUCUGUAUAGUCUGACCUGUAUAUGUGGCAUACAGGUAAGCUAGGGUCCAUUUACUCAGCCCCUCAUACUUGACAUGUGUGUCUUUAGGCAGCCCAGAGCUAAAAGAUAAUCUCUACAGAGUUUAACAAACACCCAGCUUCUUUUCUAAUGCUUGUGUCGCCUCUGGAUACACCAAACAGCCUUUUAAAGGUGUAGCAAAUGCCCUUUGAGCAGCCUCUCUUAUCUGUUUGUGAGCUCCCAUCUUGUCCUCAGGGUUCAAGUGCCCUGCCAGAUUAACCCUAAUUGAGCGUGUCACCUUCUGUCUGCCGGCGCUCUCAGGUCGAGGAUAAUCAGGAGGAGAGCGUGAGGCUCAGGGAGGCGACCAGACGUCUGUACGCCCAGCUGAAGGAGAUGGAGAAGAGGCACCAGGAGGAGAGGAAAGCUCUGCAGGUCUGUCUCACCAGAUGAGGAACAUGACACAGUUUUCCUGUCUGCAGCUAUGACUCAGCCCUCUGCUGCUCGCUCUCGCCUUCAUUGAUCUUUAGUAUCUGUGGGUUUCAUCCCUCAUCCUGUGAUCCUCUUCACAUUCAGCCUCCGGUCAUGUAGGGACGCUGUACACAGACUUUACUUUGUAUCAUCAGCUGAUCUGGUUGCACUUUACAGCUUGUUUUGGAUCGUCUUAAUUGGGGUUGUGGCACAAGAAGUGAUAUAUAUUGAACCGUUAACACAGUUUCAUCAGUUUUAAAUAAGCAGGAGAAAUAGUGGAAGGUUGUUAUGAAGAGAAACUGAGUCAUUCAGAUGAGGAAUAGAAAAAAGGAAGUAUUAUACAACAACAUUAAAUCAGUUUUUUUAACAUAAACUUCUAUUAACAACCUCUGCGCUCUUUCACUAACAACUUUUGUUACAUAACUCAGUAUUUACUCUUUGCCUCCUCUUAUAGGCCGAGGCAGAUGAGUACCGCAUCCGUCUGGCUGAGCAGUCCGAACAGCUCCAGAAGGCAGAGGACCUGUCGGAGGAGAGGGGCCAGCAGGUGGAGGAGCUGCAGAGGCUUCUGGGAAGCCUAGAGAAGGAGAGCGGCAACCUCAAAGAGAAGGUGGCUGCCGGGGAGGCAGAGCUGCUGCAGCUUCGAGCGGCUAAGGAGGAAGGAACAGAGAAGGAGGCGAGGUGCGAUAAGAAGUGACAGAGUCAAAUACAAUCAGUGGCACAGACAGAGAAAGAGAUUUUUCUUUAGUGCUGUUUUGAAUAAGUGAUAGCAUGAAGAAUAAAUUGGAAAUGUUAUAAGAUUUCUUGUAAAUAAGGGUGAAUUAGUACCCUUGAAUAUCAUUUAAUAUGUGAGUUCAGCUUCAAUCAAUCCAACUUCAGAUCAAAUGUUUGGUUUUGAAAUAAUUUUAAUGAAAUGUGGAGUUCACCCUGUGCUCAAAUGAAAUAUUUCAGAUAAUCUUUAUUUCCUUUUCUUGUAUUUUGACUGAGUUUCCUCUUUGUGCGCAUGUUUGCAGAUGUGAACAGCUCGAGAAGGAGUUGGCCAUCCUGAAGGAAAAGAUCCACCACCUGGACGACAUGUUAAAAAGCCAGCAGAGAAAAGUCCGCCACAUGAUCGAACAGGUAUUUAAGCACCACCCACAACCAAACACACUUACGCACUCAUUAGCGAUGAGCUUUCCAGUGCCCGUAAACGCACAGGAAGCCAUUAAUAGAGGAAUUAGAUUCUGAGGAGGCAGACACACUCUGUUAUUGAUUUAAGGGAUGGGAAGUUAAGCGCUCUGAAACAAAAACCCACCAGUCAUGAAUAAGUGAUGCUUCUUUUGCUGCUCUUAGAGAGGUGAGCUCGGUGGUUAUGUUGCUUGUUUUGUCUGUGAUAAAGCUGCAGAAUUCCCGGACAGUCAUCCAAGAGAGAGACCGAGUCAUCGGUGAUCUGGAGGAGAAGGUGGCUUUCCUGGAAGCUGAGGUCAGCAGCUUUGAUUUAAAUGAAAUCUAUAUCUACGUCUCUGUUUCCAUUCAGCCAAAAGCUGGAACAUUUUUCAGCACUUUUAUAUCUUUUGCCCCUUUCUGUCUGCAGAACAGAGAAAUGCAUGACCACAUGGAGUACUUACUGGCAGGACAGGACCCUCCACGCCUGACAUCCUCUGGGAACAAGCCAGAGAUUGUCUACAGGUGAGAGAUCAGUUACCAUUCAACAUUAUCGAUCAUUUUCUCCUUCAAUCCUUUAACACUUAUGUUCUCUCUCUGCACAGUAAACCACUCACACCGACAUCUGCAAACAAUAAGGCCCUCCCGUUCAUCAAAGUCAUUGAGAUCAUGUCCUGAAUGGAGAGACAACCAGUGGUAUGACCGGAGGUUAAAAGCAUUGUAAAUAGACAGAUAAUUUCACCAUCUACUUAGCGAGAAACAGCUCUGCAGUGAUAAAAACAGGCUGCCUUCACAGACCUCAUGGUGUCAAAGCACACUGGUCAUCCCUUUGUACCUCAUAGCUCCUUUCAAGGCUGCUCUGCAUGCCUUUUCUAGCUUUUUUCGCCGUUUCAAACAGUAUAUGAGAGCGAAAAGUUUCAAAGAAAUUCAAAGUGUGUCAAGAAAGAAGCGAGGAAAGAGCUGUGCAAAGAAUUUUACUGAACUCUUUCUGUACUUUGUUGGCACAUCUUGAAGAUGUAAGAGUUUGGUAAAGUUCUUGGUGCUGUAAAAAGUUUCUUUCAGUCUGCAGUCUGAAAUCAGCUGUUUGAACCUCUCUGUUUAAAAUGAUGGGUUAAGACUAAAACUUGUAAGUUCUAUUAAGUUUCUAUGAUGCAUCCUUUCAAAAUAUGUAUAAGUAAUGGGAUUGUGUUGAGUGUUUUAAGGAUUUCUUCAGCCUCCUUCCUGAGCGUCAGGGUUCAGGUCACAUUCCUCAGUGCUUUGCACCACAUUGCCAACAGCAGGCAUGCAGUCGUUGAUACUAAAACAUGAGUGAUGUUUAACUUAAAUGUAGUUCUCUGACAUGACAGGGAGUUGAUAUAUUAAGAUUAAUAAUGCUAUGUUAAGUUUUAGUUAUGCUGUAAUAAGACAUGCUUGUAAAGCUGGAGGUUAGUUAGUUUGCUGCCAUAUAUGAAACAUAGCGCUUAUAAAACUGCUUAUCUUGCUUUUUCCUCGUUUCUAAACAUGUUUUGUAAAGUCCUUAAAGUUCUUCUUCUGUUAUGUGCUUUCCUUUAUGAUCCAGGAUGGACAUUUUUUAUAAAGUGUGUUACCAUUUACUGUGAACAUUGUAGAUAGAUUCAUUGAAGUUAAGUCUGUUUCCUUUUGUCUUAUUAUUAUUAUUAUAUUAUAUACUAUUCUAUAUAUUAUUAUAUUUUAAUACGUUAUCAAACUUGGUUUGUCUGUUGUAUUUGUUAAGCUAUGACCUAAUUUAUCUUCUCUCCUGUUGCAUCUUUCCUCUUUAACCUUGUACUGCCACCUAGUGGAGAAAAUAAAGACAUUAAAAAUGAAA